AGGAAAGAAUGGAGUGAACGCCGUGCUCUGCUUCACCUUCACGCACGCACGCACGCUUCCCCAAUCCCAUCCAGCAAGCAAGCAGGCAGCAAGGGGUCUCCCCGCCGUCUUCCCCGUCGCCGUCGUCCUCACGGUCCAGCCCUCCGGCCGUCACUGAUCGUCGCCGGCAGACAAUGUGGGGCGAGAGGGCUCAUCACAGGCAUGGGCACCAUCACGACCACGUUCCGUCCGGGGGUUCCAGGGACCGGCAGCCCAAGUUCAUAGCAGACAACUACAGCUCGGUGGAUGAGGUCAUCGCUGCAUUGAGAGAAGCUGGGCUUGAAUCAUCAAAUCUAAUUCUUGGCAUCGACUUCACCAAAAGCAAUGAAUGGUCAGGUAGGCAUUCCUUUGGAAGAAAAUCUCUGCAUGCCAUUAGUGGUACCCCAAAUCCAUAUGAGCAAGCCAUCUCUAUAAUUGGGCGGACACUAUCACCUUUUGAUGAUGAUAACUUGAUACCAUGCUUUGGAUUUGGUGAUGCUUCUACACAUGAUCAUUCAGUCUUCAGCUUUUACCAAGAAAACCGCCCUUGUCGUGGUUUUGAGGAGGUUCUUGACAGAUACCGACAAAUUGUUCCACAUUUGAACCUUUCAGGACCAACUUCUUUUGCACCUCUUAUCUACGCGGCGAUGUCAGUUGUCGAAAGCAGUAACUGCCAAUACCAUGUCCUCGUCAUCAUAGCUGAUGGACAGGUGACCACCUCAACUUCAGGUGGAAGAUUAAGUCCACAAGAACAGGCGACUAUACAAGCAAUUGUUGACGCUAGCUUCUAUCCUCUUUCAAUUGUGAUGGUGGGGGUGGGCGAUGGGCCAUGGGAUGCAAUGCAGCAUUUUGAUGACUGUAUUCCUGAUAGAGCUUUUGAUAAUUUCCAGUUCGUGAACUUUACUGGUCUCAUGUCAGCAAGCAAGGAUAUGUCGAAGAAGGAGGCCGCAUUUGCGCUUGCAGCGCUGAUGGAAAUACCCACUCAAUACAAAGCGACUCAAGGCCUCCGACCUCCAGAGAGGCAUGCACAAAACGCCAACCCUCCGAGGAUCCUUCCCCCUCCCAGCAAAGUUCUUGAAUAUGACAAUAUUGUCGCAGCUUCUCAUACUCCAGCCGCAACCUCGCAGUCAACCGACAUUGGCUACACCGUUUCGGAUGAAAAGGUAUGUCCCAUCUGCUUAACGAAUCCAAAGGACAUGGCUUUCCAAUGUGGCCAUCUGACAUGCAAGGAAUGCGGGCCGACGCUAUCGACAUGCCCCUUGUGCCGUGCGCCGAUUACUGUCCGUGUAAGGCUCUUUUCGUAAAGAUGAUGCAGCCUUCUGGAAGUGAAGGAUCGGCCAUUCGUGCAAUAUGGUAUCGGUACUAAUCAAGGAGCAAGAAGUUUGGAAGGGCAAGGAGAUAUGUAAAUGUUCAUAAAGCUUUACUGUAUAUGUCCAGCGCCAACUGUUUUGGCUGUCCGAUGGAUAAUUUCCAUCACCUCUUGUACAGUUUAUUACUGUCAUCUUGUAAAAAGUAGUAGCAGUAGCAGCAGUAGUAGUAGAAAAUGAUGUUUUCUCGUAAAACCUAAAUGAAUCAAUACUAGCAAUAAUUGUGGUUCAAUAAAAUUUGCAUCUUCGUAUCA